UUUGGGCUUGCUUGUCAAAGUGAAACACUGCAAGCUCAUUAGUUACACACAUUUUAAAGUUAUGUCUAAUCAUGUUGUAUUUUGUUAUUUUUGUGAUCAAGCAAAUUUGAGCUGGAAAAAAAAGGGGAAACCUUGGAUAACAUAUAUCACUUUUUGAACUAAAGUCACACCAACCGCUGGUCACAAAUUGGUUUCAAAUCCGGCUGUUGUUUGAAAAGUGGCCUUUGAGGUUAAAAAAAAAACAACCCAAAACAUUCUCAGUGAGCGGAGAGUGCGGCGGCCGUUACUUCAUUAUCACAUCUCUGCCCCAGCAUUUUUCCAGCAGUAUUAGCGAGAUGCGAGGCGGCCCGCUUUUGGCUGUUCUCCAUGAUGACUGGCUUGACUGGUCACAACGUGAGGCUGGAGGAAGGAGGCUCUUUUCAAGCGUGACUCCUCUUCUCAGGUCAAUACUUUCUUUCUUUCUAGGACAAUCUCCACAGCGUGAACAUGAACAUCACACGGCCCCGCAGCAAGCAGAUUGACGAGCAGAGAUAAAGCAGUAUCUUCAGCGAAAAAGGAAAAAAACAAAAAAACAAAAAAACCAUCCCGGCAGAAAAAAUGCCAUUUGUUCUGUGUUCCCUGCUGCUUCUCGGAUGCACUUGUGUCAUGUCCACCUAUGGGCCUCAUCAACGAGCACAGAUGACUGGUGACAUUUUGCUCGGAGGACUCUUUCCCAUUCACUUUGGCGUUGCAUCCAAAGACCAAGACCUGGCGGCGCGGCCGGAGUCCACACAAUGUGUCAGGUUUAAUUUCCGUGGUUUCCGUUGGCUGCAGGCCAUGAUUUUUGCAAUCGAGGAGAUCAACAACAGCAGCAGUCUCUUGCCCAACAUCACAUUGGGCUACAGGAUCUUUGACACGUGCAACACGGUGUCAAAGGCACUGGAAGCCACUCUCAGUUUCGUGGCCCAGAAUAAGAUCGACUCAUUGAAUUUGGAUGAGUUCUGCAACUGCACCGACCACAUCCCGUCGACUAUCGCAGUCGUGGGAGCGGCGGGAUCUGCUGUCUCCACAGCGGUGGCGAACCUAUUGGGACUGUUUUAUAUUCCACAGAUCAGCUACGCCUCGUCCAGUCGCCUCCUAAGCAACAAGAACCAAUACAAGUCCUUCAUGAGAACCAUCCCUUCGGAUGAGUACCAGGCUACGGCGAUGGCGGAUGUGAUCGACUAUUUCCAAUGGAACUGGGUGAUUGCCGUGGCCUCGGAUGACGACUACGGGCGGCCCGGUAUCGAAAAGUUUGAGAAGGAGAUGGAGGAGAGGGACAUCUGCAUUCAUCUCAACGAACUCAUCUCUCAGUACAUGGAAGACCACGAAGUCCAAGCGCUGGCCGACAGGAUCGAAAACUCCAGCGCCAAAGUCAUCGUGGUGUUUGCCAGCGGGCCCGAUAUGGAGCCGCUCAUCAAAGAGAUGGUCCGAAGAAACAUCACGGACCGCAUUUGGAUCGCCAGUGAAGCUUGGGCAAGCUCCUCUCUCAUUGCCAAGCCUGAAUAUCUGGAUGUGGUGGCAGGCACCGUUGGCUUCGCCUUGAAGGGGGGACAGAUACCCGAGUUUAAAGACUUCCUGCAACAAGUGCAACCAAAGAAAAAUGCUCACAAUGAAUUUGUCCGGGAGUUUUGGGAGGAAACUUUCAACUGUUAUCUGAAAGACAGUCGGCGGCGCCACCAAAGCGACAACGGCAGCACAAGUUCUCGGCCUUGGUGUACAGGUGAGGAAGACAUCACCAGUGUGGAGACACCAUACCUGGACUACACCCACCUCCGUAUCUCAUACAACGUGUACGUAGCAGUUUACUCCAUUGCGCAGGCCCUGCAGAACAUCCUAACCUGUCAACCCGGACAUGGACUUUUUGCAAACAACUCCUGCGCCGACAUCAAGAAAAUGGAAGCGUGGCAGGUACUAAAGCAGCUCCGACAUUUGAAAUAUACCAACAGUGUGGGAGGAAAGGUGCACUUUGAUGAGAACUUUGACGUGGCGGCAAACUACACGAUAAUCAACUGGCACAGGUCUGCCGAAGAUGGUUCUGUGGUGUUUGAGGAGGUCGGAUACUACGAUAUUCACUCAAAGAGAGGAGGCAAGCUGGUCAUUGACAAGACAAAGAUUCUCUGGAAUGGAUACAGUCUUGAGGCGGAACCAGUUCCGCUCACUCUCGUAUCCGACUUUUGUCUGCUUCCAACCUGUCAGGUGCCGUUCUCCAACUGCAGCGAGGACUGCGAGCCCGGCACUAGAAAGGGCAUCAUAGACAGUAUGCCAACUUGUUGCUUUGAAUGCACCGAGUGCUCCGACGGAGAGUACAGCAACCACAGAGGUACGCCAGAAGCAGACGCUAAUGUUGUUUUCCUGAAAGGUGGAAAUUCUAAGUCUGAUUUUAUUUCCCACGCAGAUGCCAGCAUUUGCACCAAAUGUCCCAAUAACUCCUGGUCCAGUGGGAACCACACCUCCUGUUUUUUAAAGGAAAUCGAGUUCCUGUCUUGGACUGAACCAUUUGGGAUCGCUUUGACCAUAUGCGCAGUAUCGGGCGUCGUCUUGACAGCUUUCGUCAUGGGCGUGUUUAUCAAGUUCCGCAACACGCCCGUAGUGAAGGCCACAAACCGAGAAUUGUCCUACUUGCUGCUCUUCUCGCUCAUUUGCUGUUUCUCAAGCUCGCUGAUCUUCAUCGGGCAGCCGCGCGAUUGGAUGUGCCGUCUGCGGCAACCGGCUUUCGGUGUCAGUUUUGUCCUUUGCAUCUCCUGCAUCCUCGUCAAAACCAACCGAGUGCUUCUGGUCUUCGAGGCCAAGAUCCCGACCACUUUCCAUCGCAAAUGGUGGGGAUUGAACCUGCAGUUUCUCUUGGUGUUCCUCUUCACGUUUGUCCAAGUUAUGAUAUGCGUGGUGUGGCUUUACAACGCUCCCCCGUCCAGCUAUAUGAACCACGACAUCGACGAGAUUAUUUUCGUCACCUGCAACGAGGGCUCCGAGAUGGCUCUUGCGUUUCUCAUUGGCUACACGUGCCUCCUGGCGGCCAUCUGUUUCUUCUUUGCGUUCAAAUCCCGCAAACUUCCGGAAAACUUCACCGAAGCCAAGUUCAUUACUUUUAGCAUGCUCAUAUUCUUCAUUGUCUGGAUCUCCUUCAUCCCCGCCUACUUCAGCACUUACGGCAAGUUUGUGUCAGCGGUGGAAGUCAUUGCAAUACUGGCGUCCAGCUUUGGGAUGUUGGCCUGUAUCUUCUUCAACAAGGUCUACAUCAUCCUAUUCAAAUCUUCCAGGAACACCAUCGAGGAAGUCAGAUGCAGCACGGCGGCGCAUGCCUUCAAAGUGGCCGCCAAAGCCACGCUCAAACAGGGCACGGUGUCCAGAAAAAAGUCCGGCAGUAUCGGGGGAUCCUCCGCCUCCUCUCCGUCGUCCUCCAUCAGCCUAAAGACCAACGGGGACGGUGGCGAAACACCCUCCGGAAGGCACAAGCCGAGAGUGAGCUUUGGCAGCGGGACAGUCAUGUUGUCUUUAAGCUUUGAGGAGGCGAGAAGAGGUUCUUUAAUGUGAUCGCCCGCCUUUU